GCCAAACUCUCCCAAUCACCUUUGUUUUUGCUUCCCCACACACCACCACUAACCUCGUUGAAUUCUCAUAAAUACCCUUCACCUUUCCCGCGUAUUUCCAACAGCUGUCGUCCACAUCUCCUCAUCACCGUCCAAGCCCUUUUCCGACAUUUAACAUCUCAUCAGAAUCUUUUUUUCUCCCAAUUUCUCUGUGCCCACAAUUUCUCUUCUUCCUCCUCUUCCCUCUCGCCAUUUCCGCGGCCAAAAGGCUUCCUUUCUCUCCUUCCUCCGUAUCCCUGACCCUGACAGCUUUACUCCUUCAAUUCUCCCGACAGAAGCUUCCCGGCUCAAGGAGAGAAGCCGGAAGCAGAUCAAUCACCUUCUGGGUUUCUCUCGUCGAUUAAUCAUCAUCACCUCAACUGCCUAAAAGCGACAAUUGGGGGGGAAGGGGGUUCCGUUUCGCUUUCUCCCAUAUUUAGAUGGCGGCGGGGGCAAUGGCGACCGCCGCCGGAGCAGCGGUGGUGCUGUACUACUUAUUGAGUCGGAGGCUGGCGGCCAAUGGCGUCGGCGUUAAUGGGGGAGACGGCGAAGGGGACUCCGAUCACGGGAAUUUGUCGAAAUCGAGAUCCUUGCGGCGGAGGAUUUCUCGGCGGCCGGCUCAAGCUCCGGCGACCUGGCUUGAAACCCUUACUACCUUGACCGAGACCCUCCGGUUCACUUACUCCGAGACUCUCGGGAAAUGGCCGAUUGCUGAUUUGGCCUUCGGGAUCAAUUACCUCAUGCGUAGGCAGGGCAAUUUGCAGGUAGCUAGUGUAUAUGCAGGUAGUGAUGUUUCUGUACAGCUGAAAGGGCCUGAGAUUGUGACCGAGCUCAAGUACUUGCUUAGACUGUUGACGAAUUGCAUGUUCUUCUCCAAGAAGCCAUUCCCAGUUUUCUUAGAGUCUGCUGGUUACUCUCUAGAACAUGUUCUUCUUCAGAAGCCUAAGGCUGGGAUCCUGAUGCCCGCUUUUACGAUUAUACGAGACGACGAUACGAAGCAUUUCCUUCUGUUGAUCCGUGGAACUCAUAGCAUCAAAGAUACAUUGACUGCAGUGACUGGCGCGGUGGUUCCUUUCCACCAUUCAGUGUUAGAUGAUGGUGGGAUCAGCAACUUGGUUUUAGGGUAUGCACAUUGUGGAAUGGUUGCAGCAGCUCGGUGGAUCGCCAAACUCAGCACUCCUUGCUUGCUCAAGGCUCUUGAUGAAUACCCUGAGUAUAGGGUUAAGGCUCUCAUUAGUUGUUGGUCAUUCUCUUGGCGGCGGUACUGCAGCAUUGUUAACUUAUAUAUUGAGAGAACAGAAGAUGUUUUCGUCGAGCACCUGUGUAGCCUUUGCUCCAGGCAUGUACUCAUCGAUAAUCUUAGUACGAAAACUAUUCCUGAACCAUGUCCUGACAUAAAUGUAUCUCUUGCAGCUGCUUGUAUGACUUGGGAUUUAGCAGAAUCAGGCAAGAGCUUCAUCACUACAAUUGUCAACGGGUCUGAUCUAGUGCCUACAUUUUCAACUACUUCCAUUGACGACCUUCGCUCUGAGGUCACAGCUUCAUCUUGGUUGAGUGAUUUGAGAGAUCAGGUGGAGCAUACACGGGUUCUAAACGUCGUGUAUCGCUCAGCUUCAGCACUUGGAUCUCGUCUGCCAUCCAUAGCCAGCGCAAAAGCUAGGGUUGCUGGUGCUGGGGCGCUCUUGCGCCCUGUUUCCAGCAGCACUCAGGUUGUGAUGAGACGAGCUCAGAAUGUUGCCCAAGCUGUCGUGCGGACGCGUUCGUCUAUAACAUCAUGGUCAUGUAUGGGCCCACGCCGUCGGUCCGUAGGACCCGCAUUAUUAUCCCCUAAAAAGGAGGAUUUGGACGAAACCUCCAUAAUUUGUGAAAGCUCGGAAACCAUCGUGACUACCGAAAUCCACACCGAAGACUUAUCACAGAGCAAUAGGUCGUCAAGCAGCACAGGAUCGAGCAGCGAAGAAGAAGAGGAAGACGAGCCGCUUCUUCCUGGGGAUCAUCAUCAAGUCCUCUCUUCAUCAGAGCCAACCGAGGGCGAGCUGUGGGACGAGCUGGCAAAGGAACUCCAAAGACACGACGAUGACAACAGCAACGAGGUCGAUCUGCACGUCCAAGCUGCAGAAGAAGCCGCAGCUGCAAAAGAGAUCCAGGAAGAGGAGAGGAUGAUCCUCGUCGAAGCUGCAUCCGCAGAGAUAACUCCCACGGGGAAUCACACAUCAACGGAGGAGGCCACGGAGAACCCAAAGUUCUACCCUCCCGGCAAGAUCAUGCACAUCGUCUGCAUUGCUGCAGCAGCAGAAGACGGCGGAGAAGAAGAGAGCCUGGCAGGCCGUGUCGGGAUAUACGAGACUCCGAGGGAGCUGUACAGUAAGAUCCGGCUGUCGAAAACGAUGAUAAACGAUCAUUACAUGCCAAUGUACAAGAAGAUGAUGGAACUGUUGAUCUCUAAACUAGAAGAGCAUGGUGAUGGUGAAGAAGAUUGUAGUAGUGAUGAUGGGUGUAUGAUAGUUGAAGAACAGGUGCUGUUGUAGUAGGAAGGAAAAGAGGGGUUUAUACAAUGUGGUUUAUACAAAUUUGUCAAUGAAAAGUUCUGCACAAUUGUCCUUUUUGCUCUGUUGAUCGGAACGAAACCCAGUUUGGACUUGAGAUUAUGAGCCCUUCCCCGGAGGGAGAGGCUUCCAAAAAUUGACGGGCGGUGACCGCCUGAAAGUAGGGCGGAAACCGCUCGCCGCGAAAUGUUUUGUGUUCGUCGUGUUUAGGUGUUGGCGCGACUCACCGUCUCUAGACGAUCAUUGGUAAGUCGCCUUUCACCCCUGACA